AUGAAGUUCGACGAGUACGCGAGCUCCUUCGAGCACGCGGUGAAGGAGUUCCGCAACGAGGGAGGAAAGCUCAUCGCACAUCAUGGCAUGCGUACGUUUGCCGACCCUUCCAUCCGCACCAAAGACAAUGACACUGAACUUUACUACGAUACCGUGGAAGAGCUUUCCCCCGAUAUCCAAGGGCUCUACCGGUUCUUCGAGUCUCCCGGACUGGCUCAUUGCGCUUUGGGGAAAGUCAGGCAGCCCACGACCGUCUUUGAUGCCUUGAGACGCUGGGUUGAGAACGGGAGGGCGCCGGAGACACCACCUGUGAAAUCCCCUGCCGCCAAUGGGACGAUAUACAAGCGAAUCCUUUCCCCUUAUCCUCAGCAGGCGAGGUAUAUUGCCGGGGAUGUCGCAGUGGCGAGCAGCUUCUGCUGUGUGUGCAGGAAGCCGCGUUUGAGCGCUUGUCCUCGAGAAGAAGGAGAGCACACUUUGAAUAUGCAGUACAAUAGUGUUGUAUAG